AAUUCAGAUACCCCAUUUGGCGCCACUGAUGCCCUAACUAUUAACCCCUCUCUCUCUCUCUCUCUCUCUCUCUCCCCGAUCAGACUUCUCAGUCACUGCAGAUCCCUCUCUCUCUCUCUCUCUCCCGCUUUCUAAAAAAAAUACCCCAAAACAAUCAUCCAAAUUUUCAAAGUCCUAGCGGUAACAAGAAAUGGACACGGAAGGCUUAUCGAUAAUCUGUGCCGGUCUCGGAAUCGUCGAGGAGGACGAGAACGGCAAUCGGGUCGGUUACUCAAAGGGCGAGUACUGUCUAGAUAAUUUGAAGGAUUUGCUGAGGUUUUUGAGGCGUGAUGAUCCACAAACUCGUGAUGUGUUUAAGCAAGUCUGUAAAUGGAACACUUUAUCAAAAGAUUUGAUACCUAUUAUUGAACACUGCCAAGAUGAUUAUAACUUGGUUUUAAAUGCAGUGAAGGUUUUGGUGUUCCUUACGAUGCCUAUUGAGCGUACAUCAAAUGAUAUUUCACAACAAAUAGAGUAUCUAUGGCAAUUGAAGUCUUCAAUUACUUGUAGUGAUGUUGUGGCAGUUAUAGUCUCACUUCUAGAAAGCCCAUUGGAAAGUUUGGAAUGUGAAACAUUCACCGAAGAUGACUGGAAAUUGGUGCAACUGGUACUUACAUUAUUUCGUAAUGUUCUAGCAAUUCAAGAAAUCUCAUUGCAGCAGAAGUCUGGGGGGUCUGCUAAUCAAUUUUUAUUGCUGAGGGAUAGAUUUUUGGAACUACUGUUCCGUGAGAAUCUUAUGGACUUAAUUUUAGUUAUAAGUCAACAUAUUGAUGGUUCUUGUGGUUUUCUCCAUCAUGAUAACUUCCUUUUGUUGGAGAUUUUCCACUACAUAUUUAUGGGUCAAGAGCCAGAGUUAGUUGCCAAAGCGCAUCUGAAAGGUUUUAAGGUGGAUGAAGACACCAAAUCUUCUGUUGGUAGCCUCAAGUCCAUUAUGGAGGAAGAAGAAGAGAAAAGAAGGCUUUCUAGAUUACGGAAUAUGGUUCGUCAUUCUCAGUUUAGUGGGACAUUUACACGGCUUACCAUGGAUGGUUCAAAGGCAGUUCUAAAGGGAAACCCGACUUCUGCAACUCGAGAUAUCCUGCUUAAACACCACAAUGUUCCUCGGGGUCCAGUAAAAAGGAUUGCAUGGGACAUUGGAAGACUAACUUCAACAAAGGAUAAAAUUUUGGAGUUGCUUCAUGAUUUUGUGAGCCAGUUUCUACUGGGGGCUUACAAUGUUUUGAUGCAAUCGAUUCGUGAAGAUAUUGAAAAGGAGCAUCAUGCAGUUCAGAACAAUGAUGUCAUGGUGUUCUUUCAGGUUGCUCAGUUUGUUACUUCCUUUCAAUAUCACAAGCUUUUAAAAUCUAAGCCAAAUGUGGGAUCAGACAUUUUUGAAACUUUUGUUGAUAAAGAUGCUGAUAGCACAAUUUUUAGAGGUGAUAUAUGUGGUCCAAUCGCUCAAUCAAUGAAUGAGCCAAUGUUCCAACUUGUCAUUUUGAAGUGGCGUAGUGCAUUCGAGGGGCUAAAGGAAACAAAUAACUAUAAAUUCCUCUCUGCAGCUGGUUCUCUUAUGAAAACAAUGAUUUGCAUGCUAGAUUUGGUGCUUAAGUUAUUGCCCGAAGAGUCUAAGGAGCCUCGCACAGCUCGCAUCCUUCUUUACAAGUUAUUUUAUGACCAGACUGAUCAAGGGAUUACACAGUUCCUUUUAAAUUUGAUCAGAAUGUUUGACACGCAUAAACAACCAAAAAGUGAUCUUGCAGAUUUGAUCGAGAUUAUACAUAAAAUUGUGCGGCUCAUGGAGAACCUUCAAGCACGUGGAACAUUGAGGGUUGCUAGGAAAUCAAGGAGAAAGAGAAAGAAGUCAUUGAGCAGCAAGGAAACAGAAAAUGAACAACUUGGAGAUUGUGUCACCAUUCAGAAUGAGUUUGGAAUCUCUAAUAAUGAGCAAUCAGCAGAUAUGAGCAUCUGCCACCAGGGAAGUCGAACAAGUACAAAUACUAACGAGGAAGAAAACCUUGUUAUACCUGCUCCAGUUGAUGAACCUGAAAUGGCUGUGUCACAGACAAGGAAACUUAAAGGCAGUUUGCCAGAGAUGGGCAACAAAGGUGCCGAUCAAGCUAAUGAUGAUCUUUGUCAUGGCACUGAUGAUUCUUCUGGUGAGGAGCAACUAGAUGCAACUGAUGAAGUCGAUUUUAACCUAUCAACUUUGAUCUCUGCUUUUGCAAACAACAACAUUAUACAUAGAUUAUGUUGGUUGCUGAAGUUUUAUAAGAGCAAUUCUGCCAGUACAAAUCACUACAUAAUAUGCCUGUUGCGAAGGAUUACUGAGGACUUGGAGCUCUCUCCAAUGCUGUAUCAGAUAUCAAUCCUCACAAUCUUUCAUAAUAUCUUGGUUGAGCAGAACUCAUGCCCAUCAAAAGAAUAUGAAAAUCUCAUUGAUUUCUUGAAGAGUUUGGUAAGAAGGAUGCUAAGGAAAAUGAAAAUUCAACCCCUUCUCUUCGUGGAAGCCCUCUUUUGGAAGACCCGCAAAGAGUGCCAUUUUAUUAAUGCUGAAUAUUUAGUGCAUGAGAUUGGUUCUUUGAAGAAAGGAGUUAAGAACUGGGACAAUGUUCCUGGGGAUGGAGAAAUUGGUUCAUCGCAGGCCAACAGAUGGAAUGUUAGGAGCAUAGCAGACGCACUUGGUGAAGAUGAAGCUGAUGUUGUGAUCUCUCAUGAGCUGGGCUAUCAGAGUAUGGAAGAAAAUUCUGACAAAGCAGGAGGCAUCAAAGAAAAUUCUGAUAAUAUGAGCCAGUCCAUGGAACAAGAAUCUGAGAGUGCUCCUAGAAGAAAGAGGAGACUUUUUCUUGGUGGUGAGAUGGAGGGAAAAAUUAAGGUUCUCUAUGAGAAGUUCAAAGAUGACCGGCAUUGUAGUCGUCUUAUUGCGAAAGUUAUAGAUCCUGAUGGUAAUGUUUCACCAGCACAAGUUUCUAAUAAGCUUAGAAAGCUAGGAUUGAAAGUUGCACCAAGGAAAAAGAUGUUAUAUGUUGAUGAGCAUGGGGGAGAAAGAAAGGUAGUGGAAAGACCUCAUGAAUCAGAUGUUUUAGAAGGAAGUUCAUUGAGUCGGACUCUGCACUCUAGAAAGAGAAUACGGGCCUUUAGUGAAGAUGAGGAGGGUAUGAUCAGGGCUUUAUAUGAGAAAUUCAAAGAGCAUAAGAGAUGUAGCUACAUGAUUGCAAAAGCAUUGGAUUCAGAUGGUAAAUUUACGGCUGUCCAAGUUUCUCAUAAACUUAAGCAACUCGGCUUAUGCGUUCCUCGACGUAAGAUGUCUGAAGCCAACAAGCAUCUGAAGGAUGAGAAUCUUAAUGAUUCCUUUAGAGAUGCGUCAAAUGACUCUGAUGAUGAAACAUUGCUGUCACUAAUGAAUAGGAAAGCUAAAAGGUCCCUUCCUCAAUCAAAGCUUGAGAGUGUCACUGCUAUCUCGAUUCAGAGGACAAGUCAAAGUGAUUCUGGAAGCAAAGCUUCAGAAGUUGAUAUAGAAUGGGAUGGUAGCAACCAUGGCAGAAAGUUGGAACCUGCAGGAAUUGAUAUAGAUGUUGCUUUUAGCCAAGACAGCCUGAAUGGCAGUGCAGAAGCUGAAGUGACUCGCAGUGGCAGUGGUAAUUUGAUGGUUGUUGCAGCUGUGAACAAUUUGGAUCAUUUGUCAGGUCAGCAAAGAGAUGAUGAGUUGACAGUUUUGGAGGAUAAUGUGGCUCUUAUUGCAUCUCCGAAGAGGUCUCUAAGGAGAAGGAUUGGAAGAAAUGGAUCUAUAGGUGUUGCACCGGAUAAUUUAGACCAUUUGUUACAUCAGCAAAUGGACGAUGAGUUGGCAGAUUCAGGGGAUGAAGUGGCUCCUAGUGUUUCGCCAAAGAAUGCUGUAACUAGAAGGAAGUUGAGGGUGGUACUUGAUCUUGAGGAUGACUGAGAUGGGAGCAUGGCCAGCUUUCUUCCAUUUUAAUGCAUUACAAUUUUAAUUAACUUCAGUUAUAUUACAUAGUUGUGUAAAAUAAUUCAUUGAAAUUUGCGGUUACCUAUUGAUCUUUUCUGA